CGGUUUUAGAGCAUGAACACACAUUGGGCAGAUGAGGAGUUAUGAUAUUGAGACCCCAGGGGCAGCUACCGACUGUGAGGACUAUGAUGCAGAAUCUAACACAUCCACCCCCAUAUCCAACUGGAAACCAAUUACUUCAGCAGAAAUUUGAUAAGGCUUCAUAUGACUUGCACAAGAGGAAGGUAAAAUCUGCUAAAUCAACAAUAAACACAACUCCACCAAAGACGUAUAGUCACCUGACUCUGAAGCUGAAGAAACAACAGCUUGAAGAGGAGAGGACACUGAGGAUUCAGCAGGAAAACAAUAUGCUCAUGGAAAAAAUCUCACACAUCAUGAGGACGACUGGAGGAGUUGACAACAGAAAUAACUAUGACAAGAAAAGCCUUGGCAAAGAGAAGCGACAGCUGGAGUUGAUCCGUAUCACCGAGGAGAAUCAAAUGAUCCUGUUCCACCUGAGCCAGUGCAGGCCUCACUAUAAUGUCAGGAGCUGGCAUGAUGACUGGCUCAAAACACUCAAGUUGAUGGACAGCAUCGCACUGUACCCAAGAGGAGGAGCAAAGAUGCAAAAGGGGCAAGACAAACCCAGCAAGCGAAGCAGUGGUUGUGACGAAGAGCAAAAGAUAAACACAGAUGCAACCACACACAGCCCUGCAAGCAACAAAACAAAGGCCAAGACAACAUCUGGGGGAAAUGAAAUUAAAAAAGGAACCAGCGAGACAAAAGAUACAGGAACAGAGAAUCAGCAGGACACAGAUAAACACCCUGACCCUGAUGCAGAUGUGCCUGGGAAAUCCACCUCAGCAGAUAUGCCUGAAAGUCCUGGAUCCUCUCAGGCUACUUAGAAUUACAAGAGAUAAAGAAAUAAACAACCACACACUGUUGAAAAGUCCGUAGCUCCUGGUGGAUCUGAAA